ACACACUCACUCACUCACUCACUCACACACUCACACAGUGCGCAGGCAGCUCGUAUGUGUGUUGCGGCGUCGUGUAGAAAAGCAACGGGAGCUCGACCUUGAGCUGACAGACUGAAACGCCGUCAUCAUCCUUAUCAUCAUCCUCAUCCAUCAUCAUCAUCAUCAUCAUCAUCCUCAUCAGCGCGAGCUCCAGUUCAGCGCGUGUGAAGCUCGGCUGGCACUUCCUGGGGUGUAAGGGACUGAGCUGCUGUCACGAUGGAUGCCCAAUCACAAGGCCAGCAGCCGCCAGUGCCAGUGUUUCAGCCACAGAAAAUCCAACAGGACAUGGGCUAUACUAAUUUAGCCAAUUUUGCCAUUGAAAAGAAGAUUGGAAGAGGACAGUUCAGUGAGGUUUAUCGAGCCACAUACAUGCUAGAUAAUACACCAGUAGCUCUGAAAAAAGUUCAGAUAUUCGAGUUGAUGGAUGCCAAAGCUCGGCAAGAUUGCAUCAAAGAAAUAGAUCUCCUGAAGCAAUUGAAUCACCCCAAUGUAAUUAAAUACCAUGCGUCAUUCAUUGAAGAGAAUGAGCUAAAUAUAGUACUGGAACUUGCAGAUGCUGGAGACCUCUCACAAAUGAUAAAGCAUUUCAAGAAACAAAGACGGCUGAUUCCCGAGAAGACAGUAUGGAAGUACUUUGUUCAGCUGUGUAGUGCACUGGAGCACAUGCACUCCCGUCGUGUCAUGCACAGAGACAUUAAACCCGCUAAUGUCUUCAUCACAGCCACUGGAGUGGUGAAACUGGGUGACCUGGGCUUGGGACGCUUCUUCAGUUCCAAAACCACUGCAGCUCAUUCUCUAGUGGGCACCCCAUAUUACAUGUCUCCCGAGCGAAUACACGAAAAUGGAUAUAACUUCAAAUCUGACAUCUGGUCGCUAGGCUGCCUGCUCUAUGAGAUGGCCGCCUUGCAGAGUCCAUUCUACGGGGACAAAAUGAACCUCUACUCGCUGUGUAAAAAGAUUGAGCAGUGUGACUACCCCCCACUACCAUCUGACCAUUACUCUGAAGAGCUGCGAAAACUGGUAGAUAUGUGCAUCAACCCAGACCCAGAGAAAAGGCCUGACAUCACCUACGUGUACAACAUCGCCAAACACAUGCACGCCCUGACGAUCGCAAACUGAGUCUGCUGUCCACUUCCUCUUGCUUUGACUUUUGAAGGCCUUUGUCUGGCCUGUAUUUUUGCCAGCCUUUUCCACAAAUGUCAUUUAAUAUGCUUGUUUUCCUCCAACAUAAUGCAAUUUGGCUAUCAACAUGAGAGAGGCAUCUUUCAGUAUAAAAAGAAUUACGACAUACUGUAAAGAGUGCAAAGCACCAUGCAACGCCUUUGGAUUAUUAACAAACCUGUCAACAAUAGGAAUAAAUCAAA